AUGGAACAAAAGGUUGUGACUGUCCUCUUUUAUCGCCCACCAAAGAUUGUUGAGGGAAACCCAUGUAGGCGCGUUGUCUUACCGUGGUUUAACGAGUUUAAUGUGGAGCGUAGUGACGAAAAUGGUGGGAAUAAGACGUUCAAUAGCUUCGAAGAGGUGGUUGCUGACUAUGAAACCGGAGAAUUACACCCAAAUGACCUUAAACUAGCUUUGUCGGCAUCAUUGAAUAAAAUUAUCGAGCCGGUAAGGAAACACUUUGAAAACGACAAGGAUGCUAUAGAGCUACAGAAACAAUUCAAGGCUUGCAAAAUCCCCAAGUAA